GUUCGCCAUCAUAGGGCUGUACGGAACUAUCAUAGCGCUCCAGCAGCUCUCGGGGAAGGAUUUACGAAGCGGACAUUGGUUUGUUCGCCAGCAUCACUUGGGAUAUAAAACUACAGUGCAGGUGGAGGGAUGAGUCUCUCCCCUGUGAUUGGCCAAGAGGUGCCCGAAGCAGCAAAUGGGGUGUCUACGCCUGACUCGCCCGAUCUAUGCAGUGCAAAUGGCCUGCUUGGUCCCGCCCCUGGUUCUGGUUCCAUCCCCUCGUGGCAGCCCCUGAAGUGUGGGGGCAGGGUGCCCUGUCCUGGGCAGGACUCUGAGGAAGUCUCAGUGGGAGAGCCUGGCAUUUGUCUGGAAGGAGAGACGCCAUGCGAAAGCGACGGAUACACAGACACAGCAGCCCUCAACUCCUAUGCAGACACACAGACACUCACAACCUCGUCACACCCUAAUGCACAGCCCCCUGCCACCUGCACGGCAGACACAGAACCAUCAGCGUCGCCCCCGGACACGCUCCAUUCGGCCCCUCACCAAUCAGACGAGAGCCGGGACGAUGCCCCGUCCGAAUCCUCCGCUGGCCGUCAGAGCCGGCACACAGAGACGGCACACAUAGAGACUGACAGCUGCUGUUCUGGAGAGGAGGGCAGCAGGGGAUCGGAGGGAGAGAAGGAAAAGCAGGAUGACGAGGGGGAUGAGAAGAAGGAGAGAGAAGAAAAGCAUGGAGGAGGAGUCCCAGAUGCUGAAGAUGAGGCUGAGCCCGGCGUCCCGAGUCUCGCAUCCUCGGCACCCCCGGCCCCGCCCCCUCCCCCAGCGGAGCCAGACAGCAGCCCCUGCCCGCCCCACGUCAUGGCCCAGGUGCGCGUGCGGAACGUUCCGGAGCGCGAGCGCCUGGCCAGGGGCAUGCAGGACAGCAAGAGUCUGGACGAGAUCAGCCAGGCGUGCGGCGGGGCCGCUGGGGGGGGGCGGGGCGGGGGCCGGGGGGGCCAGCCCGAGGGGCGCAGGGCCACCAUCUCCAGCGCUCUGGAGCUGGAGGGGACGGUCAGCCAUGAUGGAGACCUGACCCAUUUCAUCACACGCAACCUGGAGCAGAAGAUCAAGAUGAGCUCCAAACCCAGUCUGGACUGUGACUGCGAGUCUGAGAGAGACUCGGACUGCUCAGGGCCCAUUUAUCGAGGUCGGGGGUCUUUGCGGCGGCCGGCAGACAUCCCACCCAUCGACCCUGCUGUCCUAUUGGACCUGGAGAGACACACCCAGGAAGUGGCCCACAGCGUUGAGAUGAUGAUGCGCAGCCUCAACGGAACCAUCCAGAACAUGACUGCUCUGAGUGUGGGUUACAUUCAGACCUACAGAGACUCUGUGGACAGUUUGGGGGAGUCGGUGGAUAUGAGUAUAAAGGGAAUGUACACACUGAUGGCUCGCUGCGAGGAGCUGGACCGCUCCAUGCAGCCCAUACACACCCUGGCGGCCCAGAUACGAGAUGUCAAACGCACCCUGGAUGCUCUGGAAGCAAUCUGCAAGUAACCCCGCCCCUUCCCAGACACCGUCAGCUUUCCCUCCCCCCCCCUGAACCCUGAAACACUGGAGACACUUUGACCCCGCCCCCCGCCUGGAAUAACGGCUACUAAUCGGAUGAUAUGCUGCCUCCUCCUGUGUGAAUUCCACGUCUGCUCGGGAUGGUCAUAGUGAUUGACAGUUCAGCGGGGCACUGAUGUAUGCUGAUGAAGAUGAUGAUGAUGAAGUACCUGCUCGGCUCCGUCCAGCCUACCUGGCUCAGAUUGCACUAACCACUGCUGCCCACAUGAGGGCCCCCUCUGUGUAUCCAUCUCUACCCCCCCCCCCCCCUCCUCUCUCUGUGGUACCCUUAGUCAUGUCACUGGUUGGUGGACCGGUACUAUUGUAGUACUAGCACUAGUUGUACGAUGGUACUACUGUACGGGGUUGUAACUUUUGCCCAAAGUGAUGUUUUUUUCCGUGGGGGGUGGGGGGCGUGCCGGAGAGGUCAUCUUCGCUACAUGCUCCUGUUUGUACAGAGAAUAUGAAUGAAUCGGUCAGAAGCACCUGUGUGUACAUACGAUCUCUUUCUGUAACGGAAACUCAGCCAAGAUGAUUGAGCUACUACCCUUUGUCAUGAGUGUAUAUUUUAAGAAAAAUAACACAAUAAAUUUACAUGAGAUGUC